AGGGGGGCGUGCCCGUCUUUCCAGAGAGUUCCUAGAAGAGAAGGAGGAAAGAAGGAGGUCGCGGCGCUGAAGGUGCACCCAGGAAAGAUGGUGAAGGAAACGGGAUACUACGACCUGUUGGGGGUCAAGCCAUGUGCCACAAUGGACGAGAUCAAGCGAGCGUACCGGCGACUGGCCCUGAGGUACCAUCCGGAUAAGAACCCCAGUGAGGGGGACCGGUUCAAGCAGAUCUCGCAAGCGUACGAAGUGCUGUCGGAUCCGCACAAGAGGUCGCUGUAUGACCGUGGAGGGGAGCGGGCCAUGAAGGAAGGAGGCAUAGGCGGCAGAGGAGGUUUCGGACCCCCGAUGGACAUCUUUGACAUGUUCUUUGGAGGGGGCCGUAUGCACGGGCCCCGGGCAGAGAGGAGAGGGAAGACUGCUGUCCAUCAGCUGCCUGUGACCUUGGAGGAUUUGUAUAACGGCGCUACUCGGAAGCUCUCCCUGCAGAAGAACGUCAUCUGCAGAAGCUGUGGAGGCCGCGGCGGGAGAGAAGGCCUCGACACGAGGUGUUCCAAGUGCCAUGGCUCCGGCGUGGAGGUCAUCGUUCACCAGCUGGGCCCCAAUGUGGUCCACCACAUCCAGACGAUGUGCUCGCAGUGCCAAGGUCACGGGGAGUGGAUGCGGCCUCUGGAUCGCUGCCUGGCCUGCAACGGCAGGAAGGUCAUCCGGGAAAAGAAGAUCCUCAGUGUCCACCUGGACAGAGGCAUGGCAGACAGGCAGAAAAUCACCUUCCACCAGGAGGGGGACCAAGUGCCUGGCCUUGAGCCUGGAGACAUCAUCAUUGUUCUGGACCAGAAGGAGCAUCCUGUCUUCCAGCGCCGUGGCAACGACCUCAUCAUCAAGAGAGAAGUCAGUCUCGUGGACGCCCUUUGCGGCUGCAAGCAGGUCAUCCAGACCCUCGACAACCGGCGGCUGCUUGUCUCAUCACGGCCAGGGUCCAUCAUCAAGCCCGGAGAUGUGAAGUGUAUCCCCAAUGAAGGGAUGCCCAUCUACCGUAGCCCGACCCAGAGGGGGAAGCUGGUCAUCCAAUUCCAGGUGAAGUUCCCCGAGCCCGGCUGGCUCCCCUCCCACCAGCUCCGUCAAUUCCAGGCCUUCUUUCCGCACCGCGAAGAGGUCAUGGCCACUGAAGACAUGGAAGAGGUGGAACUGCGGGAGUAUUUCCCCCAGCCGGAGUUUGGCGGGAGGCGCUUCCCCGGCGAGGUCUACCACGAGGAUGACUUUGAGGACCCCCUGCGGCAUAAUGUCCAGUGCCAGACGUCGUAGCGCCCGGGACUGAGGCCCCACAUGUAGCCUUUCGGGGGUGGCGGGCAGGGGGUGGGAGCGGGAAGGCUGGGGAGAGGUUGACAAGAAACCGCCAUAUGCUGUCCGAGGAGGAGGGGGGAAUCUAGCACUGCUGGGAACCCGCCUGACGAGGGGAGGGGUUUUGCUUCCUGACCUCACCUUUAGAGCUCACCCUCAUCGCUGUCCUCCCAGAAGGAGCACCUUUUGUGUAACCUUUGAACACACAAGUUCUUGGAAGUUGGCGCGCGCACUUGGGUGCUCCAGAACACCCCCAGUUGUACAUGUAUCUAUGUAUCUGGCGGCUCAAUUACCAGCCCGAGUGUAGAAAUACCUUUUUGCGGUAGGAUGAGGAAUCGUCGGGCUGGACUUCCGGGAGUUCUUCCCCAUCCUGUUGGACGUGUCUGUGAACGGUGCAGGUCAGACCGACAGGCACGGUCCCUGGUCUGCCUGCUCCUAAAGCACAACUUUGGUCAUUCCUAGCAGGUCUCAAAAUUCGGACGUGACUUAAAGAAGAGUUCCCGUCCCCAGCCCCCGCCGCAGAGGUGGCUGCCGUUCUCCUGCGUCCCGUGGAGUCGGGGCUAGCUUUGGUAGCUCUUUGUCGUGAUACCUUUGCAGGACUUUCUUUGUUCGGCUUAGGGGAAGGAGGGGAUGGAUUUAUGAAUGGGGGCUCCUGGGUGUCACCGGGGUUGGGGUAGGGAGCUUCACAGAUGUCCCAGCCCCAGGUUCUCUCCCACCCACCCCUCAGUUUCUCAGCCUUUCCGCAAAUGUCGUUUCUAGUCUUCAGCACUCCUGCCUGUCUUUGAAAACUGACCUUGUGUUCUCUGAGGAUUCUGGCGCUUGCCACAAAUUCCCAAGUUCCUCUUUGGUCACGGCAGCCCAUGUUGAUUUCUAGGCCCCCGGGUUCCGGCUACAACCAGGGCCCCCCCCCCUUUUGAGCAGGGGCAAGCAAAGGAACUCCAUCACUGGCCUGAACAAUGAGAAGCAAACCAGUCUCUUUGACGGGAGCAAUGGUGUCCCUACCAAGAGGGGGGCAUGCCACCCACCCACCCACCCUGCUCACCAAUCAGUAGCGAUGGGGGUUUUUGUGUGUGUGUGUGGCAAGAAGCGACUCCACGGAUAACCUAUUGCAGGCAUCCAGAAAUGGAGGCUGAGAAGGGUGAAUGGCGGGGGGUCUCCAUGUUCGGAAGCUCCCCGGCAGAGGUGGGAAGGACACUAGGAAAGAGAGACUGGUGCUUCUCCAAGCCUUGUGGGGGGACCCUUGGACCAAGCAAGGGAUUUCCCCCAACCUCCUUGUGUUGACCCCAUCCAGGCUGUUGCCUCUUGAAACUCAAAAGAAUCCUGAAGACUCACCGGGGGUCUUCUCUCGCUUGCCAGCACUGCAAGGAGUUUUUCCUUCGGGCAUCUGGAAGUGCCUUGCUUUCUCAUUACACGGAACCCGAGUGUCUGUAUCAGGGGAAGGUAGAGUAGAGGUAGUUACUGAGGGUUUAAAUUAAAGGUUUGCCAGGAAAAGAAAAUAGAUUUCUAAGCCUGGCCUCCGGUUAAUGUCCCUUUGUCCAAGUGGCAAGGGCUGACUUUUCUCCUAGAUCGCAGCACCUCUAAGUCAGAAUCCCCCCCUAAAUGUAACUAUACUGCAGCGUUGUGGCGCCUCAGAUAGCCGGGCCGCCCGGCCCAGUGCGGAGAGCCCAUCUGCCUUGGGAGCAGAGCAUGGCCAGAAUCUGGAGCCGCCUUUUGCCCAUAGAGCACCACACCACCUUGGGGAACCUGGUGCUAAAUCACCGUGGAUGACCUGGUUCUGGGUCAGAGUUCCGUACAUAGCAGAGCAGUUCCCUCACUGCGAUCUGUUGGAAGCCCCCAAGUCCUCAACACUAGGAUGAAAUCAAGAGACCAGCCACAGACUGGCCGAGUGAGGGGGUUUCUGGGAGCUUAAAGUUUGCUUUCUAAAGCUGGGCUUUAGCGGAUGAGCAGCUUCCCAAGAGCCUGUGCGCAGUCACAGAACAACAAGUCUCUUCCAUUGCUGCAGCACCAUCCUCAAGACCAAGGACCAGGCUGGAUCUGAAUUCGGAAUCUCUUGCUUCUGUUUUAAUAAGGAUAAAGCCCUCCAAGCAGGCCUCCGCCUCCUCUUGGGAUGUGGGAACGUCACUCCCUUGCUAAAGGCCUUGGGGGGGGGGGGGAAGCUAACUGGAGCAGUCAAAGGCAUGCAUGGCCUUCUGCACCAGAGCUGGGAGCCCAGGCACAGGCUGGCGAACGUUUCCACUGGGGCCCUUCUCUAAAAGGCAGGCAAAACCAGCUCCCUGCCUCUGUGACUGACUGACAGAUGCUUGCCGGAUGCGACACACACGAUUUGGACACAAGGACUGCGGACACACAAAAGCGCAUACCAGUCGGGACCAGUUUUGUGAGCUCCCAAGUGGAGUUCAAGCUUUAAAAAAAUAUAUAUACGGCUUGGUGUGGGGCAGAGCAAACGGAGGCAGGAUUCUUGGUGAGAAUUCAGCCCUUUUGGGGUGGGUGGGUUGUCAGCUGUGGUGAGGAUCUUGUGCCGCUGACCCCAGUAAGGGGGCAGCCCUUGAAUGGCCAUGCCCAGCAUUAUUUUGUUAUUAUUUUAGAAGACCUGGAGGGUCUUACUCAGCCCAAGUGCCUUCCCCUUUCCGGCAUGAGAACAGGUAAUUAUGUUCUCCUGUGUUUACAAAUGCAAUUAGCAAUAAUGACUAUAAUUAUUAUAAGAAAUAGCAAUCGGUGUUUAUGUAGUGCUUCUCCACGUAGCAGUUGCGGCUGCCUGAGGAGCACAAGAACCUAGACUCCUAUGCAGCCAUACUUCUGUGAGCAAGCGGCCGGGAGCGGGCCUGUCUCCCAGUGCCGUUCAGUGCCUUCCGACCGGGACAGCACCAGGCAUGAGGGGGGAAGGGGUGUGGCUUCCCCCUGCAAAGAGUGAAGCUAGCUUCUUCCCAAGCACAUUGGAUGCUUCCCGUUUUUAGAAGAAAAGUCAGGGUUUGGGUCCGUCCCCCACCGCCAGCUGCAGAGGCCUUGCUCUCUCUCUCUCUCUCCUCCUCCCCCCCCCCCCAAUGUGUAAAUUGGAGGGCAGCAGCAGCACCCCGGGGCUGGUGUGGUGGCAUCCGGGCUUUGAGGGAAAUGCUUGGGGUUUAGACUAGAGUUGUAGCAAGCUCGGGGAAUUGACUGUGAGCGCCACCCUUAGGGAUUUUUCUCCAUAGCUUAAGAGCUAGAAACUCGCCGUUUUGGAACAGGAGAGAGUAGAAAGGUUUCCUCCCUGCCUGCUGAUGCAGCAUCUCAGGAAGUUGUCACUGGAGUCCAAUUCCGGCUCCCGUGCUUGUGGGUCCUAGAUGCCAUGUGAGGCACAAGUUCCUAGCGCUCAAGAGAUCUGCGAAGCAGAACCAUGCUUGGCAGCAAACGUUUCAGAAUAAGUUCUGCAAAGCAAGAGGCGUGAGGCAAGUCUGCAUGGGUUGCAGAAUUCACACCGGUUGCAGAAUUCUGAUGGUCUGCUGGGUGCAGAACUUCACAUAUCCCCCACCCUGAUGUGGAAUGCACACUUCCCCAAGUUGCAUUCCCAUAUUGGGAGGGUGGGUGGGUGUGUCCUGCCCGCCCCCGUCCCAUAGGGCUGACCUUCCGCUUGUGAGGGCAGCUCUAGAGGGUGGCUUUCUUCCAAGUGCAAGGAAGGCACCUCAGCCCUGCCCCUCAUUCUGGCUUUGCUGAUUCUCUAGGUAGCUUGCUGUGAUGGAAGGAGGCUGUUUGCCCUGUGCAUGUAGGCCUGAAUGGACAGGUUGUUGCCAAUGUGAACUGUCUGUGGAUUCAACAUGGGGGGACGGUGUUGGGAGCUAGCCCAACUGUAGAGGGAACAAAAGCCAUGGAAAUGGUUGUGUCGUCACACACACACCCCUUCCAACUGCCUGCACAGUCACUGCCAUGUGGAGGGUACAGGAUAGACAUCAGACCUGAUCAAGUAAUUUCAGUUUGUUGCUUCAAAAAGAAGUCAAAAACUACUAAUGAAGUAUGACCCCACAUUGUACAUACCUCAAGUAAAUGAAUCCCCUAACCAGUUUCCUAGGAAACACUCCUCUUUGUUAACUGGGCACCCCAUCUGAUGUUGCCCCGGUGGUCUGGGUAAAUGCAGGGGUGCCUGUUUCCCACCCAGCCACCUGCAAGUGGCUUCCUUGAGACAUGCUGCUCGUUUCAUUCGUCUUGAAUCUCCCAGCGUGAUGUUACAGCAACCUCAAGGUGACGUCAGCAAAUGCCACGCCUGGGCAGGAUUUCCCUCUGGUUCAGAAGUCGGCGAUAUUGGUUCUCUGGCUGUGGUUGAGCCACAACUCCCAUGGUCCCCUGCCACACUUUAUCGUGAUGAAUGAAUUGACAGGAGUCUGGGUUCAACAACAGCUGGAGAGCCAGGGUUGCCUACCCGAGCAAGCGGGUGUGUCUUGUUUUCCCCAUUGUAAAACGGUGGGUCGUCCGCAUGAGCCAUGGGGUUAGCCAGAGAUGUGGACUUCUUGGAUUGAUUUCACAGCAACAAGGCAGAAGUUAGUGGAGGGGCCCUCGCCCCAGAACCACACCAGCUGGGGAUUGAGCCUAGCUGGCAGCUACCCUGCCUUGCCAUGGAAGUUCUGUGGGGGACCAGAGUGCCUUCAGUCCCGGGGUGUCCUCCUCACUGACUGAGCUUUAACAGGGAUGGCCACCUAGAGACCUGCUCUGUGCCUGGAGAACAGAGAGGCCCUCGAGACGGCAGAGAUGGGCUGUCCCUGAACUGGAUAGUGAGCCAGAAAUCUUUGCUUAAGAGCUCUAGUGCAAUCUCUCUCCUUUGCUUCAGAAGUAUGCGGUGUGGUGGGUGCCCUUUUUGUCUGCAGAGGUGGCUUAUUGUGGAAACUGACUUCAGUGUUGCUGGGGUGGUGUAAGGGGUGCUGGAGUAAAAGCAAAUUGAGACCUAUUUUGCAGCAAAUGCAUUCAUUCUCUCUCUCUCGCUUUGUAUGCCCAGCCUGGAUUAGGUGGUGUAAAAUUGGAAGUCUGUGCUUAAUGUCUCUGCAUAGAAAGGGAUGGAUGGAGUGGGGGUGGGGGUUUCGGAAUCCACCCUGUUUUAAUUUAUUUUAAAAAUCAAUUUGAACUCUGUGUCUCUUUUGGCAAUGCUUUGUACAUAAAAUUAAAAUUAGACCCUCAUUCCGAGAGA